AUGAGCAAGAGUCCAGAACGACAGAGUACAAGAAAAUCUCGUAAAAGACAUCGGGAUAUCGACGUAUAUAAAUUGUGCGACGUUAUCGUCAACAAAUUACAAAAUAGGGACAGAGAAGCCCGUGCACCAUCACGUAAGAAAGAUCAUCACAAACGUUCAAGGCAUAGCAGCGAUAAUAAAAACGGCGAGCGAUACCCGAGAGGAUCGUCACGUUUUGAUCGCUCAUACUCGAGAUCUACAUCUCGCGAGAAACUACAAAAUGUCAAACACAACAAAAACGGCGGCGAGCGCGACCCAAGAGGCGCGUCACGUUUUAGUCGCUCAUACUCGAGAUCUACAUCUCGCGAAAAACCGCAAAAUGCCAAACACGACAAAAAUGGCGGCGAGCGCGACCCAAGAGGCGCAUCACGCCAAAGUCGUCAUCGUUCCUCCUCAUCGUCAUCGUCUUCAACAUCCUCCUCGUCAACAUCAUCUUCGCAUUCAUCGGCAUCAUCAACUGUCUCACAUAAUAGAAAAAAGUGUCGCUCAGACAAAAGUCCCGACAACAAAAAGGACAAAAGUCACAAACGAUCAAAAUCUGCCGAACGUCACAAUAGUCGAGAACACCCGAACGUAUGA